GACGUGUUUACGAUAUCUGCCGGAUCUGAUUUAACCACAAAGCCUCGAAUUUUUGUACAAUAUAUAUUAUAAUGGUUUAAAAAUAACUGUAAUAUUCUCACGUAACGUGGCCUUAUAAAAAAAUAUUUCUUAAGUGAUUAUAUAUUGCAACAUGAUUUACUUCAUGGAUGUGAUUAACGUAUAAUAUUUGAUUAAAAGUGUCAGAAAAAAAACUGUUUAAAACUUAAAAACAUAAUGCGUUUCACUUUAGUGUAACGUGGAUAUGUAUUGUUUUUAACGCAAACGUCGCAGCACACUUCUGACCUAGAUAAGGUCCUGAGCUAUAUCCAGGACCUGAAUUGAUUUAAUUGCAUCUCGGUUGCAUGCAGGAAUGGGCGUGUAGUGUGCUUUAAAAUUGCUAUAUUAACAAAUCAUUCUGUAUUGUUCAGUGUGAAACCACUUGUUGAUUUGUCUUCAAUAUUUUACAAACUAUAGAAGAUUUUAAGCAACAGGACACUUUUCUCAUCGUUCUAUAAAUAGUAUGGAAUAAACUGACCAUGACGUCAACCAAGACAGACACAUAUAUAAACUUCUGUGAUGACAUCACAAACCAGCAGCGACCUCCACACCGAUUUUUUCAUGAGUCUACUGAUAGCUCAUUGUAUAUUGAACCCAUAGCUACAAGAAAUUUUUUUAGGAAAUGGAAUCAGCUCUCUCGAUUACAAAGGACAUUAGUGUUGGGCUUACUUAUACUAUUAGCUAUAUUUUGCUUUGUGUAUGGACUGUCAUCAGCCAUAUCUAAUGAACAUAAUUGGACAGGAAAUGCCAUAAAUUCGUCAUUGCUCCUUAAAUUGAAGCAAUCUGCGCCAUCUUCGAAAUUGAAGAAGGAAGUACUCUUAUUUGAGACUGAUUUUAACCAAAGGCCUAUAUUCACAGGACCGGCGAAUGCAAAACAAUACGCCGUCGUACAAAGCUUCAAACAUGCUUGGAAAGGAUACAAGGAGCACGCUUGGGGCCAUGAUAAUUUGAAACCUGUGUCGGGCACUUCCUUUGAUUGGUUUUCUUUGGGAUUAACUAUAGUCGAUGGACUUGAUACAGCAUUUAUUAUGGGACUCACUGAAGAGUUUGAAGAGGGGCGUGAAUGGAUAAAAAAUGAGUUGGAAUUCACAAAAAAUAAGGAUGUUAAUUUCUUUGAAGUUACGAUACGGGUGUUGGGCGCUCUAUUAACAAACUAUCAUUUCUCUGGUGAUGAUAUGUUCCUUGAAAAAGCUAAAGAUCUUGGCGAGCGUCUUAUGGCAGCGUUCGCAUCACCAUCUGGCAUUCCUUACUCGGACGUGAAUCUAGGAGCACGUACGGCCCAUGUCCCGGAAUGGUCUCACCACAGUUCAACAUCUGAGAUCAGCACUGUUCAACUGGAAUUUCGAGAACUUUCAAGGGCAUCUGAUAACCCUGCUUUUGAGGACGCAGCUGCGGCAGUGUCCGAGAAACUUCACCAAUUGCCGAAGAAACAUGGUCUGGUACCAAUAUUCAUCAAUCCCAAUACGGGUCAAUUUGUGCCUCACGCAACGAUCACGCUCGGCGCACGCGGUGACAGUUAUUAUGAAUAUUUGCUCAAACAAUGGAUACAGACCGGAAGGACAAUGAAUUAUUUGCGAGACGAUUACUUGACUGCGAUAGAGGGUGUGCGUGAGUUCCUUGCACGUAGAUCUGUGCCAAAUAAAAGGCUGUUUAUUGGCGAAUUAACAACAGGCUCAGAGACUAUGAAUACGCAGGCUUUUUACCCGAAAAUGGACCAUUUGACCUGUUUCCUGCCUGGCACGUUGGCACUAGGCCAUGCUAAUGGACUACCGGAUUGGCACUUGGAGAUGGCAGAGGAACUUAUACACACAUGUUACUUGACCUAUGCAGCUCAUCCAACCUUCAUGGCUCCAGAAAUUACGCAUUUUAAUAUUGGUAGCAGUAGUACCGAAGAUAUGUUCACAAAGUUGGCGGAUGCACACAGUCUUUUGCGGCCCGAAUUUGUCGAGAGUUUGUAUGUGAUGUACCAAUUAACUGGCAACACUACGUACCAGGAUUGGGGCUGGCAAGUUUAUAUGGGUAUUGAAAAGUACGCGCGGGUCCCUCGUGGUUACACGUCUCUUACCAACGUGAAGACCGAGAAACCUUCACCCAAAGACAUGAUGGAGUCGUUCUUCAUUUCGGAGACUUUGAAAUACCUAUAUCUUCUCUUCAGCGAUGAUAGAUACAUGAUCGAUCUUAGCAAAUAUGUAUUCAACAGUGAGGCACACCCGCUUCCAAUACAUAAUAACUAAUUCAACAAUUAAAAUACAAUAAAUAGCCCAGUUUCUGGAACGAGUAUAAUUGUAUAAUUGAAAUACGAGUCAUAAAUGCAACGAGUCGUUAUUUAGCGUAUUUAAUGGUUUUCUAAACACACCACAAUGUGUUGAAUUUGUUUGAUUUCAAAUUGACAGUUGACAGUAAUGUUUUUAGCAACAGUAUUUUUACGCACAUAUUUUUGCGUUCCGUUUCAGUAACUGGGCGUUAUACUCUCAAACUAAGAUCUAGUUGAACUUGUCAUUUUAAAAACUGUUUACCCUAAAUAACAAAUUUAAAGUAGCGUGUGUAAAACUAAACGUAAGUGUGCUGUCAAAAAAUGACAGUUUACGCAUUGACGGUUAUAGAGAAGUUUGUGGUAAGAUUGAAUUGAGGGAUUUCGCUGUUUUUUUUAGCGCGAACGAUAUGGAAUCUUAAAAUACAACAUUAUAAUUAUAAACUUCAGAAGCGCAAAGACGUAACUAAUGUGAAGUUCGCGCUAAGUGACAUUUCAUAUAUUAGUACUUAAUGAGCUUGAUGUCUGGAAGAUGGUAUAUUGAGAUAGGAUUUUGGAAUUUAGUUAAUUUAUAUUUUUGUAUUUAUAUAACAGUCCUGAUAUUACAUUUUUUAUACGUAAUUUUCACGUUUAAGGACAAUUUAGAUAUACAUAGCUCAAAUUAAAUACGAGACUUUUUUUUAACUGUAUUUUUUUAUAAUGGAAUUAAUAAUUCUGAACUAUUGUUAGAACGUGUUUUGGAUUUAUACCUAAAAUGUAGUCAAUUUUUAUUUAUUCUAAACCAAAAAUAUAUCUAGUUAGGUGUGUGAAUUAAUGGAGUUUACUUAUUUUAUAUGAAUGUAUAUAAGACAGACAUUAAAUUCUAGUGCUACAAACUAGGGUUUAAAGGAACCUAAUUACAGUUUUUCACCAAUGUUUAUAAGUUUGUGACACUAGAGUGACAGAUUGUGGCAUUCUUCGAUGACAGUGUAAGGUUUAGUGUAAUGACAGUUUACGGUAUAUUUGAAUGACAUAUGAUAUACUGGGAUGACAGUUAUAUCAGAAUAGAAUGCAACUUGUGGCAUGCAAUUUGGAUUUUAUGGCCGCAGGCUAUUAACUAGGUAAGUAGUCUAUAAACAUAUAUUCAAUGUGAAUACAAUAUAAUCAACCUAAUUAAAAGUAAUGUAAAUUCUUUCCGACAUUUUGAAAUGUGUCAUGUGUGUUCCGAGUCCAAUGUCAAAACAUUGGUUUCUUUCGCUAUCUACAAGAAAGAGACGGAGAUAUAUCACCGUCUCUAUCUUAACUUUAAUGCUCCAAUUAGUUCCUCAUACUUGUGCAAUUUUCAACCUACUUAUGUACUUAGAAAAAUUAUAUUUAUUAUAAUUAUAGAUAAUUUUCUUCACUUGUUGCUUUUAUAUUAAAGUUUUGCAGUGUGUUCGAUAUUGACGACAUGAUUUAGUUGGAACCUUUGUUUGUACCGAAAUUUCUAAUUAAAAACUGAAACUAUUUUUAAGUCACGUCUAGUACUAAGCAUUUAAAGGCAAAAACAAAUAAUUAUAAUAUAUUUUACAUUUUUUACGAAAAAAUAGAAAAAAUCACUUUACAACAUUCGUUUUUUGUUUAAGUACAAUUGUUAUUUUAGGAAAUGAAAAAACGUUUUACAUUUAGGUAAUUUUUAGUCAAUUUUGUAAAUAAUUAAGUUACCAAGGAAAUAUUUUUGAACCUAUGUGAUUUUUGUCAACCUUUUGUUAAACCUUGUCGCAUUUCAGGCUCAAAGGCGAAUAACAUUCACGCAAGAUUUGUUACUUUAAUUAUCAUGAAUUAUAAACAUUUAUUAAUUAUUGCUUAAGGUGUAUUUUACAAUGAAAAUUUAAAGUAACGUUGGUUUUAGAUAAUGAACAUAUUAUAUAUAUUUUGGGUCAACACAGUAUGACAAUUUCAUGUUAUUUUAUAAAAAAAAGUUUUAUUGAGCACCCAAUGGCUACCUUUAUUCCUUUAUUUACCCUUAAAAAAAUGAUUGUGUUCUUCAUGCGUUACUUGCAUUUUAAUUGCGAUUUGUUUUUGACGUGACAUCUAAUAAAUCAAUAAACGUCGACUGCACGCACGAAAAGCAUGACUUGUCUAGUUACGCUUGCGCCGCAUCUAUCUCGUUUCCACUCGAAGUAUGUUUGUUAUAACGUUGUCACUUUAAACUAUCUUUACAGACAAUGUUAACCAUACGUAGUACAAUAAAUGUGGCGUAUAGGAAUGUUUAAUUGAUAAAUUUAAAACUGCGAUCUGCUUGCGCGCGCCCUUGACUUCGUCGACAGUUUAAAGUACAGUGUUGGCCUCCAGCGUGGCAAUGUCACAUUUUAGGUCGAAGGUUCGAUCUCUGGCUGUGCACGAAAGGAUGCACUAUGUGCGCGUAGAACACUCGUGAGUACGGUGAAGCAAUCCAUCGUAAAACCGACAUGUCUAAGACGCAAAAAGUCGAUGAUCUGGUAUAAAGUUCUAUAUAUUCUUUUUUUCUGGUAUCAAGUACUAUGUAGAAGAUAGCCAACUUCGCGUGUGUCACCUUGUAGUGUUACUUAUUAUUUGUCAUUCUUGUCACUUAUACUAUUCACUCACCUAUAUAUCACAGUUUACAACUUUGUGUAACAGUGAAAAUUAGAUGCUGGUCUUCAUCUUCAUUCUAACCAAGUAAAUAAUAACCAUUUUGCAUUGUAAAUUACACCUUAAGACAGAGACUUAAAGAUGAAAUCUCAAUGUCAUCAUGGUGGUAGGUUGCAAUAGAUUAUGUACAGGUUAAACUAAAGCUCGGUUGCUAUAUCUAAGAUAGGAUUUUCACGAGGCGUACUCUAUAUUGAUUUGUGAAAUUUGUACUGGUAUUUUACAUAGGAACCGGGUGUCAUUUAAUGUUUGUUGUGUUAUUGUUAUAAAAAUUAUGAUUUUAUUGCAUUUACUGUAUACUUCUUAAUAAAUGUCUAA